GCUCUGCACUAAGCCACCAUAUUCAUGGAAAGUCAAUAGACAUCGGAAUAUUGUCAUUGCAUGGUAUACAUCGGUGCGCCCGAGGUUGCGGCUCAGCAAGUCUCAUCUCACCCCUGUCUGAAUGGGGGCCGAAGUUGAAGAAAGGUCAUCACCACGGCCGCCAUAACCAUCAACCCUCGUCCCAAUUUCCACCAAGCCACUGUCAGCCUCACGAAGGAUAGUUUCCUUCGUGCAAUGUUUGAUCAGCCACUUUUACUUUCUCCAUGUAAGAUGUGCUUGACACUCUGUGGCUUGAUUCAGUAUGUUUGCUCCAACUUCUCAGCCUCGGUGGCAAAUGUUCAAAGAAAUGAAGGUGUGAAGAAGUUGGAUGUGAAGAAGUUGCAUGUGAUGAAAUUGGGAAAUGGAGCAAAGUAGCGGUUAUAAUCAUACACUGUAGAGUCCAAAGCGAGCCUAGCGCUGUCCCUGUUCGGCUGGACUGAACACAUUGUGAUGGCACCCAGACCAGCAUUUAUAUGAAAAAUAUCCCAGUGGGUUGGUAAUGGGGGCGUUUUAUUGUUGAUGGCAAGACAAUUCUGUGUAAUGAGCCAUUUUUUCCACCCAGUCUGUCUUUCUGCAUGUAGAAAUAUUGUGGGGAGAAUUCAUGCGUGUAAUGUGUAACUUGUGAAUGGAUCCAAGACUUUGUAUAAAUAAGAUCGACAUCUCGCCUAUCGGGACCACACUUUCAUUUGCUUGUACUUCUUAGUCUUGUUCUAGCUGGGUUAAGCAUCUGAGGUACUUGAAUCCGUAUACAUGCAUUUACGAAGCGGAUUGGAUAAGUCUAGCGAGCGAGAAAGUCGGAGUCAGCCUGCUCAAGCCCCAAAUCUCAGUAUGGACGAAUAUCAUUUCGCGGAAUUUGAUUCAAAUGGCGCGGAUGUUGGUUCGUCGAGGCAGAAUAGUGGGUCGCCAUCUAGGCCCGAAACUCAGAACCAUGAGAUUAUUGAUGGACAGCAUGAGCAACUUAUGGUCCUCUCUCGUCAAUGUGAGGGACAUCAAGAAACUCCAAUAGCAUCAUCACAUCAUACUGAAAGACCUUGCUCAGCACCGCCAUCCUUUUAUGACCCGGCUCUCUAUUCAGAAGCUUCAGUUCCUGUGUUUUAUCCUACCACAUCUGCAUCAUUUUUACAGCCUUAUACAACUACAACUACAACUACCCCUCAACCUCAACCUCAACCCCAGCUUCAACUUCAACAUAACUAUCCAUCCUAUAUGCCAUCUCACACAAAUGCACCUCAGUCUGAGUCCAUCUACACCUACGACGCAUCUCAUUUGCCUUACCCACCACCGCCAGCCGUCCCCACACCUCCUCCGCUUCCUCCGCAUCUUCGUCACUUUCAACCCCCUUCUUAUGACCCCCAAGCUCCUCUGCCAUACCACCAAGUCCAAGACCAAUACCACAUCCCUCCUACUCAACCUCAAACACACCAGCAUCCAUCCAUAAGACCAAACACCACCCGUCUCGUCACUCACCAAACACAAGGCCAGACUCAACACCAGCCCCGUCACCAAUCCGAAGGUGAUCCCUGGUCUCCCCUCUCUGCCCAUGAAACCCGCAAACGCCGCGCUUCAGAUGCGUUGAGUAAUGCCGAAUUAGGCAUCUCUGACGCGGAUAUGAAUAGGGGGUAUAAAGAUAAGAUGGGCCAGGAGCUUGAUUCUCUAGAGAUGGAAAGUAGGAGUGCAAGGACAAGAGAGGGGAAUGGUGAGGGUAGCGCGAGGAAUGGUCAUCUAGGAAGGAACAGAAGAAGAAGAUUGAGCAAUGGAAAUGCAGGACGAAGACGAAGAAGAGGGGAUGAAGAUGAGAAUGAGAAUGAAGUUGAGUAUGAAGCAAGAAUGGCGCGAGGAGAAGAGAACGAUGGUGAUCGAGGAAACGGACAUGCGUAUUCGUGAGUACGGAAGUUCUCGACAAGUUCAAUUUGGUUAGAUGGCUACAGCUCUACGAUUUUUCCCAAGGUCUAUUUGGACACGACGUUUUUUCUCUUUUUGUUUUCCAAGCAUGAGUUUUGUAUUUCAUUGUCGUUUGCAAUUUUUUUUUUUUUUUUUUUUUCAUUUCAUACUUUACUUGGUUUUUUGUGGAGGUUGAACAGUACUCGUUUUUUACAGGAAGGAUUUGAAGGAUGAGGGCGAUUUUUGUGUGGUUUUCCUACAGUCAAAGUAUUUUCAUAUGUAGAAUCUCGAGUUAUUUCUGCAUUAAGUCAUUAAGUCAUCGAUUCGCAUUGGUAGAAGUUAAGAGAAUAAGACAGUUGUUGUUUA